GUCCUCUUUCCGCCGCCUGCCCAGACACCACAGAGCAAUGCCCGGCGGCCGAAAGCGUCCGGCCCCGUUCGCCGGUUUCUCCCCAUUCGCUCGCUCCCUCAUCUUCUCCGCCGCCACGUCAAGCUGUCCAAAAUCGCGUCCUCUCCCCGACGCUUCCACCGCCGCCGAAACCCCUCGCCAAGACGACAUGCCGCGGCCGCCGUCCAAGCGCGUGAAGCGAGCCGAGCCCUCCAGCGACGAGGUGGAGGACCGCGGCAGCAGCGGAAGCGAAGAGGAGAGCUUCAGCACCAGCGGCAGCGACAGCGAUGACGGGGAGGAGUCCUCGGAGGAGCUCGAGACGGUGCAAGCGGACUUCGCCUUCUUCGACCCCAAGCCGAGCGACUUCCAUGGCGCCAGGCUGCUGCUCAAGACGUACCUCGACUCUAAGCCCUGGGACCUCACCGGCUUCGCUGAUCUCAUCCUCGCGCAGACCACUGUAGGCACGGUUGUCAAGUUGGCCGAUGACGAGGAGGAGGAAGGGGAAGGGAACGGUGUUCAGAAGGCCAAUUCUAGUACUAACAAUGACGACGAUGAUCUGUUUGGUCUCAUUAGCGUGCUCAAUUUGGGACAACACGCCGAGCAAAAAUGCAUUAAGGAUCUUAAGGAGUAUCUGCUUGAUGUCUGUCCCGACAAAGGUACUAAGAAGCAGCUCAGAUCUCUGCUUGAAGAGAAAGCGUCGAGCGUGGGCCUGCUGGUGUGUCGCCGCUUUGUGAAUUUCCCUUAUGAACUCGUGCCUAAGCUGUAUGACGCGCUCUUUGACGAGGUUUCCUGGGCAACAGAAGAUGAGCCAACACAAGAACUCCAGGACUCCUUCCGGUUCAAGCACUACCUGUUAAUCGUCAGAAUGCUUGAGAGGAAGACCCCUCCAAAACAUAAAUCAAAGGCGAACAAAGAUGAUGACGAACCUAUUAUCUAUCCAAAGUUUGAGGAUGAAAUUUUUCACGAGCUUAGCUCAUGGUCUUUCACUUUUCCAAUACGUUCUGAAGAGUCAGCUCAGCAGGAGAUGAAGAAUUACAAGGAGAUGGGCUUAGUGAUGGCAAUUAAAGCAGGCACAGUUCCGAAGUUCAGAAAGAAGCUGGGGGAUUUGGUGUCCGAAUAGGAGCGUAAUUGACCGAUGUGGAAUUUUGCUGCUGUCCACGUGGUUUGAACAUUUCCACAUUCAGCUUGUUGUCUGUAACGAUGUGAUUCUGACUGGAGCUUGAAUGGUGGCAAUGGUAUUGACAUUGUCGUUGAUUUGCAACAAGGAUUCUGUUCGUGAACUAAUCAAGUAAAGAGAUUUUGAGCUGUGUUUGUCCUAAGGCAUGUCUUGUAGUGGACUAGUGGUAGAUAAGCACAGCCACACCCUAGUGUAACUGAAGUGGGCACUAGGCAGAACGCCAGGGAUGGGAGUUGAAGAGUGCUGGCCUCCUGAUCAUCAUGGAUGAUAACAUCUUCAGGAAAGUAUCAGCAUGAAGAGAUGUUUUCAGACUGAAACUGCAGGCAUGGGCAGGUGGAACGACUUGUGAUCACAAGUUCUUGAACGCAGACAUGUUUGUUUCGGUUUAUUUCCAGCUUCUGGCCGCUAGAAGCUGUUGCGGACUGACAAAUGUCUAGUUUUUUCAGUUUGUUUUGUGAGAAUCGCUUUUAUAAAAACUGUCCAAAAUCAACGUGAACAUAGAAUUGAUAAAUCUGUCACUUUC